ACAGUAACCGGCUGUGCCAGAGCUGUGCUGCGCUGUCAGCUCAAGCCCUCUUAAAGCUGCUUUUUUUCCGGCUGGAGAUCAGUGAGAGCUAACGACACACAGCUGUCUGUUCUGAACGCAGGAGGAGAAGGACAAGAAGAGAACAGAGGGAGGAGGAAAACAAGAAGAAGAGGAGGACAAAACCACCAGCAGCCUCUUAACUUGUCUCCAGUGCAGUCAUUCUUCAGCAGGGAGGGUUCGCUGUUGUAGUUCAGGACUUUUUUUUUGGUGAGAAGGGGGAGGUUGGAAAAAAAAAAGGAGAAGAGGGGCUGGAGUUCACAUGACAUAAUCAGAGUGAAUGGGGUUGCCAUGGUGACUCACCCAGGGAGCCUGACCCGUGCAGAGUGAAUGGAGGGAGCGCCUCGGACGCCAAGUGAACGAUAAACUGAAGGAGAGGGGAGUCAGAAGGACAAGAAGAGGAGGAGAGCCGAGGAGUGGUGGAGAGCAGAGGAUAAGCAGCACGGGCUGAGAAUGGAGGACGGCUUUUCCAGCUACAGCAGCUUGUAUGACACCUCGUCACUGCUACAGUUCUGCAACGAUGACAGUGCGUCAGCGGCGAGCAGUAUGGAGGUGACCGACCGCAUCGCCUCCCUGGAGCAGCGGGUCCAGAUGCAGGAGGACGAGAUCCAGCUGCUCAAAUCUGCUCUGGCCGACGUGGUUCGUAGACUGAACCUGUCUGAGGAGCAGCAGGCCAUGGGGUCACGCAGAGGACCCACCAAAGACCCUGCUAUGAUGAGAAAAUCCCCCUCAGCAGACAGCAAUGUUGGCAAGCCAGCCAGGCCAAUGAUUGCCACCCUGCCGUUACGGCCCACAGUAAACAACGGGACCAUCCUACCAAAGAAAGGCGGCGGCACUCUGCCCUCCCCAUCUGGAUCUGGAUCCAGGAAGGACACCAGCACAUCAGCCAACAAGAGCACUGUGAGGAGAGCGAACUCAAACGAACAUGUGGGAACUCUCACCCGGAAAGACUCAGGCGACUCCAAGGGCAACCGAACUCGGGCAGGAUCCACCGGCAGCAACUCCAGCGGCAAAAGAAGUGACAGCAAACAGAGGGACCCAAUGUUCAAUGCAGGGAUGCGACGUGUGACCCACUGCAAAGAGGAAGGUUAUGUGAAAAUGUAUUUGAAGGGUCGUCCCAUCACCAUGUACAUGCCCAAAGACCAGGUGGACAGCUACUGUCUGGAGGCCAGAGCCGAGCUGCCCAGCAACAAACUCAAACUGGACUGGGUCUACGGUUAUCGUGGUCGAGACUGUCGCUCCAACCUUUACUUGCUUCCCACUGGAGAGACGGUUUAUUUCAUCGCCUCCGUGGUCGUCCUGUUCAACGUGGACGAACAGCUGCAGAGACACUACACUGGACACACAGACGACAUCAAAUGCUUGGCCGUCCACCCCGAUAAAAUCACCAUAGCAACCGGGCAGGUGGCGGGAACCUCUUCAGAUGGAAAACUGGCUCCUCAUGUUCGUGUGUGGGACUCUGUCAGCCUCAACACCCUGCAUGUUCUGGGAACUGGUUUCUUUGACCGAGCGCUGGUCUGCCUGGCUUUCUCCAAGUCGAAUGGAGGAAACACUCUGUGCGUUGUAGACGACUCCAAUGACCACGUCCUCUCUGUGUGGGACUGGCAGAGAGAGGACAGACUGGCUGAGGUUAAGUGCUCCAACGAGUCAGUGUUUGCUGCAGACUUUCACCCGACAGACAGCAACAUCGUGGUGACUUGUGGCAAAUCCCAUCUUUAUUUCUGGAACCUGGAGAAAGGCAUGCUGGUCAAGAAGCAAGGACUGUUUGAGAAACAAGAGAAGCCCAAGUUUGUGUUGUGUGUGACCUUCGCAGAAAAUGGAGAUGCUAUCACCGGAGACUCGAGUGGGAACAUCCUGGUGUGGGGAAAAGGAACUAAUCGCAUCAGCCACGUCAUCCAGGGAGCUCACGAGGGCAGCAUCUUUGCUCUGUGCAUGCUGAGGAACGGCACAUUGGUGUCUGGAGGGAAAGACCGCCGGCUCAUUUCCUGGGACAACAGCUACCAGCAGAUCCAAACAGUAGAGGUUCCUGAGUUGUUUGGUCCCAUUAGGACCAUCGCAGAGGGCCGAGGGCAGACGGUGCUCAUCGGAACCACCAAAAACUUUGUUUUGCAAGGCAGUCUGGAUGGAGAAUUCAUGUCCAUCACACAGGGUCACACCGAUGAGCUGUGGGGUCUGGCUGUCCAUCCCUGGAAACCUCAGUUCCUGACCUGUGGCUAUGACAGGCAAGUCUGUCUGUGGGACUCGAGCUCCCAUCAGCUCAUCUGGGCCAAGAACAUGGACGAUGCCGCUCAGUCGGCAGGCUUCCACCCCUCUGGAUCUGUGGUUGCCAUAGGAACGCAGACUGGCAGGUGGCUGGUCCUGGACACUGACUCAAAGGAUUUAGUCACAGUGCACACAGAUGGGAAUGAACAGCUUUCUGUUAUGCGCUAUGGGCCAGAUGGUAACUUCCUGGCCAUUGGUUCCCACGACAACUACAUCUAUAUCUACGCUGUGGCAGAAAAUGGGAGGAAAUACAGCCGAGUUGGGAAGUGCUCGGGUCACUCCAGUUUCAUCACCCACCUGGACUGGUCAGUGGACUCUCAGUACCUGGUGUCAAAUUCAGGCGACUAUGAGAUACUUUACUGGAUCCCAUCAGUGUGUAAGCAGGUUGUCAGCGUGGACAUGACCAGAGAUAUUGAGUGGUUCACCUACACCUGCACUCUGGGCUUCCAAGUCUUUGGCCUGUGGCCCGACGGUUCAGAUGGCACCGACAUCAACGCUGUGUGCAGGUCCAAUGAUAAGAACCUCCUAGUUACUGGAGACGACUUUGGGAAGGUUCAUCUCUUCUCAUAUCCAUGUUCACAGUUCCGGGCGCCCAGUCAUGUUUAUGGCGGCCAUAGCAGUCACGUAACCAACGUGACCUUCCUGUACGACGACGGCUACCUGGUGUCGACCGGUGGGAAGGACAUGAGCGUGAUGCAGUGGAGGAUAGUCUGAGCAAGCAGGCAGACAUAGAUACUGUCAGCUUCUUACGCCCGCUGGGGCCUGAACCCAGCUGAAGCAAACUUAACUGAACCAAACCAAACUUAAAUGAACUGACACUAAAAAUGAAAAGAAGUGGAUCUCAAUGAACUGAACUGAAGCGAUUUGACAGAAGAGAAACUGGUGUCCUGACAUUUCCUUCCUGAUCUGCUGACAGAUCCCAAAUGAGAUGAACUGUUGGAGGUGUAAUGUGCAGCUGCUUGAAAUACAAAAAUCCAAGUUUCUCCCUUUUUCUUUCUUCACACUACAUGUUAAAAAAAUAAACUCCCUCUCACGUACUGUAACCUUGUCACCAACGACACGAGACAAACGAAUCAAACGGAUCUAAUCCAACUGAACAGAACCAAAGGCUCUGACUUUACUGACUGCAUUUGUACAGUUUGGCUUUCACUGUUCUUGUAUAGUGCACACUCCUGCCACAGAUAAUGGACUGAAGAGGUUUGUUUUUUGCUGCCUGUCAGAGCUGUUCCAGGCUGAAGAUCAUCGAGCUGGAGAUCCAAGAGCAUUGCAACAAAAACUGCGUGUGGACAGAAAGUACAUUGUGAUUUUCUAAUUGUUAAACUUUCUUUUGUUUUGUAUUUAACAACUCAGGAAAGCACCAGUGAAGCAAGACCCUGUUCCCUGUUGGUAACACUGACAUAUCCGAAACAGCCUCCAGCGGCCCUAAAAACGUCUCACUGAAGUUUUCAGAGCAGUAUGAACCACGGUUAAUAUUAGCUCCAACUGCUCUGCAACCAUUGAUUUGUUAGCAUUGAUUGUUGUGUGUGAAAUCGACCUCUACAGUCUAGGAAAAAGCUGGAUUUUAGGGGACAUAAUAAACAGAUACAGCGAGGAGAAUGCUGUCGAUGAACAGGCACCAUUUGGAGCGAUGAUAAUUCAUUUGAGGGCAACAGGAUCACAUUAUCUGGAUACAUGAUCUGUAGCAAAAUUAUCUGCAAGUGUUUGUGCUUCCAGGUGUUAAAAAAGACACCUUCCCCUUUAUUUAUUGAUUGUAAGUCAAAUCCUUCACUGCCAGUUUCAUUUGAUUUCCUCCUGCAAUAAAUCCCUGUUUAGUCCUAAAUGAGUGAACAUACAAAUCAGAGGAAAAUGAAUACACACUAUUUGAAACUCAGAUUUUUUUUUAAAAGAUGAGAUGUCAUGUGCUUGGUUUUAUCCUGUUUUUGCCUUGAGUGCAAGUAGAACCAAAAUCAAGUGAGUUUUUCAAUGAUGUGAAGCCCUUUCAGAUCUUUCUACAUUUUACUGCACUGAGAUCAGUUCGUGAAGGGGAAGGACGAGACCACUACACUGUUACUGAGUGAUUGUGCUGCUCAGAUGUGCACCUUCAGUCACUGGCAAGAUAUUUAACUGAACUGAACCCUCUCCUGAGGUUUUUUUUGUUUUUUUUUUUUACUAUAAUGCACUGUUUCUGCCUGAUACUGCAGGUCUAUCGAGCUCAUUGCCAUUCAGAAAAUACUGGAGCUUUUCAUAAACCGAGGAAAAAAAGGAGAGCUCACACACACAUGCAUGAAUAAAUCAGAUUUCUUUAAGGUGACACUUGUUUGGGGGUUGGUUGAGCAGAUUUUCGUGUGAACAUAACUCGUUAUGUUACUUUGAAGUCCUGCAGGUUGUUGGAGUUAUGAGGAAGAAAUCUUCUAACAGCAGUGAUUUUACAGGCUCCACAGAGUGAAUGUAACAUGGCUUGUCUUACUCACCACUUAACAUCUGCAACAACAAAAAAAGAAAAACCAUUGACAUCUGUCUGGAAGUAAAUGAAACAUGAAAUUCC